AGUCCGCACUGACACAUCAUGUUUAAUGUUCUGCAACACUGCUGCCUACGCAUUUGUAAGCGAUACAUUUUACGAGUUAUUCUGCUACUUUCAGUUCGUGUAACUCUUGAUGGCGAACAUUCGUAAAAAGCUGGUGGUGGUUGGGGACGGGGCAUGUGGAAAAACUUGUCUUUUAAUCGUUUUCAGCAAAGAUGAAUUUCCAGAGGUUUACGUGCCCACCGUUUUUGAAAACUACGUCGCGGACAUUGAAGUGGACACCAAACGAGUUCAGCUGGCUUUAUGGGACACGGCGGGGCAAGAGGACUACGACCGCCUUAGACCCUUGUCCUAUCCGGACACUGAUGUCAUUCUCAUGUGCUUCUCUGUGGACAGCCCGGACUCUCUGGAAAACAUCCCAGAAAAGUGGGUGCCGGAGGUGAGACAUUUCUGUCCUAAUGUGCCCAUUAUUUUGGUGGCGAAUAAGAAAGAUUUGAGGAGCGAUCACAAUGUGAGAAGUGAGCUGUCAAGAAUGAAACAGGAGCCUGUGACAACUGAGGACGGACACGCCAUGGCUGCUCGCAUCGGAGCGUAUGACUACAUGGAAUGCUCUGCCAAAACCAAGGAGGGGGUUCGGGAAGUGUUUGAGACCGCUACUCGAGCGUCCUUACAGAGGAGAUUAAGACCACCCCCUGGUUGUUUGAACUGUUGCCGACUGAUGUAAAAGACAUUAUAAUGCGUUAAGUCACAGAAUACAAUAUGUAUUGUGUCUAAAGAGUCAAUGUUUCAAUGCAAUCAAAGUAUAGCCUGAUCCACUCUAGAGAUCAAGAGGCCACCGACCGUCUUUAAAAUUUUGCUGAUUGAUGUGGUUCAUGAAAUUAGGAGUUUUAACCCACCAUUUGGCUUCAUACCUUGAGUUUGUAGACUUGGCAGUUUUUUUUUUUUUUUUUUGUGAGCAUGCUCACUGAAGAAAUGGUAUUUGCUUUCAGAAUAUGCCUCACUAAACCAUGUUUAGUAUUGAUUUCGAAAGUUACCCUGUCAAAGUUAAAGGAUUUUUAAGGACAUUUCUAUUAAAAUUUUUAACAUCUCUUAAGGAUCAUAAUAAUUCUUUAAAAAAAGAAAUAACAUCAUAAAAUGGAAUCCCCGUUAAUACACGUUAAGACAUUUUCAGUUCUUCGUUGCAUCUCAGUGUCUGAUGUAGCCUAUUUCAGUGUAUGAUUUUAUUUGAGAGGAUUCUUGUUUGAUAAUUUUAGACAGGACCACAUUAUACUGAAUUACAUGAAAAAAGUUUGUUGUGAUGUGUUAAAUAUUACCAUAUAAUGAAUGUUUCUUUUGUUAUGACACUUUUUUCUGUUAAUUUAAAGUUUGAUAAAUUGGUAAACAAAAAAUGAAAUAGAGUAGGCCUAUAAGAGCAUAGGAUAAACAAAGAUCAGAAUUGCUGUGGACAUACUAAUAUGACCGGUCAUUUCGUUUAUUUGAUAAAGAACAAUUACUGGAUGCCUGUUAUUCAGUUUAUGAAGUCAAACCAAAUAUUGGCUAGGCCUACUUUUGAACAGGGGUGUAGCCAGAACUUUUUUCAGGGGUGGCCAGGUAAGACCAAGUGAUUUCUUUGGUAUGAAAAUAGGCCUAAAAAUUGAUGUGGAAUGGAACACACAUAAAAUGGAUUUCAUGUAAUUGUACCUCAACAAACACUGGUUAAACACUGAAUCAUGUAAUGAUUGCAUUUUUGCGUGUAGCAUAAAUUCAUAGACAAGGAGUCUCCCACGCAAUCCUUCCAUAACUGGUAGAGCUCCUUAAGCCUAUAGCCGAUCAAACAGCUUAUAAUCAUCAGUAAACAUCGCAAUAAUGUUUAAAAGUUUUUAAAUAUGCAACAGCGUGUUCAUUUAUAUUUUCGUUGCAAACAAAUGCAGAUGGCUGCUCAUUUAUUUGUGCUAUCACAGGAUAUGUGAGUAAUACUGUGAGUGAGCGUGUAUAACCAUGUAGGCUAUACCCUGAUAUAUUUGAUAAUUUUGUUGCGCUGAACCUUAAGGUUUUUUUUCCAUUCCGCUGCUCAAAUUUUCCUUUGUUUUUCUAUGUAAACAUGCUCUUGAUGAACGUGUUUCACCGUUGAUCCCACGUUUCGCUCUGCAGUGUUUUUGUUUAUGCUCGUAAAGCUGCUUUGCCAAGCACGCUCUUGCAGUGUUGCAUUGUCCACUUAUUAUAGGUAUCUUUGGGAUUGUUAUUCUUUCCAUAUUAAGAGGUGAAGUGACAACUCAGCUGGAGUGUGUACAUGGCCUUUUUACCAGUGUCAUAGUUCUUUGAACGGAGAAAGGUUAGCUGUUAAUGCUGUCAAAAUGCUUGCUCAACAGGGGUGGCCAGAGGGAUGACCAAGCUUCAAUCAAGGUUGGCACUGGCCACACGUAGCUACGCCCCUGACUUUGAACGAGCUAUUUUGCUUUUAUUCCUGUGAAUUUUUUGCUUUCAUUAUGGGAAAAGCAAUGUGAAUACAUGAGUGGUUAAGCAUAGGUAAAGCAAUGUGAAUACAUGGGUGGUUUUGCUAGUAAAUGACACAUAAGUAAAGAUGUAUUUUAAAAUUAUGAGAGUAGCUGAUAGAGACUUUUCCUACUAUGGUUCUCAGUUGUUCUUGCUUCACUGGUGACCCAAAUAGUGAUCCGAUUUAACAUUUUAGUUCCUUGCAUUUUCUUUUACCUUUACAUAAUCAGAAAAUGUGGAAAGCAUUAUACCUUCCCUUAAAAGCUGAUAAGCCUAUUUAUUAUCCUAACUAUGCAUUAUCUUAAGGUUACACAAAAAAGUGAAACAACCAUGUCAUUUAUUUAAAAUGCAUUUUUAUAUGUAUCUAAUCAAUAUAACCUGUUUUGUUUUCAACGUGAUCUCAUGAGAUAACGUGUGUAUUUUUACGUAAAUUGUGGUUCUACCACACAUACAUUUACUUACGUUUUCAUACACACAAAAACGUACAACAUUGACGUAUUUAUAGCAUUAAAACGUAAAAAUACUUACGUAUUAACAGCAAAAAAAAAAACAAAAAAAACGUAAAUCAUGUAACGUAAAGUGUGAAUGUAUAUGAAUUCCCAUGUAUUAAUAUUAAAAUCGUGGCUUUAAUGAUUUAACGAUGUUUUUAGUCGAAUUUAUUUAAAAGCAGUUUACUCAUCUACUUAAUAUGAAAUAACAUUUCUGUUCGUGACUUGUGCUGCUCGUUUCGGAGGAUUACAUAAUGUUAAACAAGACUACAAUUUGAAACCUUAUGAAUAAAAUUUCUGUAAUUGUUUAACCAUUUUGUAAUAUUUAGUUUGUUUGCUGUGAGACACAGAAGGCGUUUUCUCCUAUGCAGCGACUGACAAUACAACCAUAAGAUACACCAAAGCACAACAUAAAUUCACAAAUCACAUCCAUUUUAUUUGUUCGCUGUACUCCAAAUCUUUAGAAUCCAUAUGUUUGUAAGUAACAGAUCCAAAUUCAGCCCUUUGUCCAGUGAUCUUCAUCUUCAUUCUCAGCAACAGCAACCGUCACAGUCAAAGCUCGCGCUCGUUAUGAUUCAAAUUUGAAAGUAGCGCCACCCUCGAGAAGCGUUACGACAUGGUUUACGGCACUGAUAUCGAACGCUCAUUGGUUAUCACCUGCUUCGUCACAGAUUGCGACAUGCCGUGUUUCAGUGGAUUGACAUUUGAAAUGAGUGCGCGCCUUCACGGAGGUAGCCGGAUUUAUCAUGUUUUCAUGGAUUAAUAAAUUAAAUUCUGCUCUGUACCCUAUAAAAAACUAUUACCACCAGAGAGGACUAUGACUGGAACUCAUCAUCAUUUGAACUACUUUUGGUACCACUUUUGACAUUUUCGCAAAAAAUAAAUUAUUGUGGUUACGCUUGA